AUGACAAUAGCUUUCCUUUCAGUUCCAACUCCUCAACAUUAUCAUCAUCAGGUUCAAUUGCACAAGCCAAAAAGUCCAUGGUCAACUACUACUUCCCCUUGUUUUUCUAAGAUUCUCGUUCCUCCCUCACAGUGUUCUCCUUCCUCUACUCCAACUUCCCUCAUUUCUUCUUCACCAGAAGAACAGCUUCCUGUUCCCAAUCAAUCAAAAUCCUCAACCCAGCAAAGUGGUUGUAAAGCAUGUGGAAAAGAAGAAAUAGAGAGAGGAUGCAAUGGUGAAGGAAGGAUGCAGGGUGGGAUUGCAACUGUCCCUGGCUUUGGAUGGUGGCCUAUAAAAGCUUACAGACCAUGCCCUGGAUUUGUUGCUUCUGGUGGUAGAUACAGACGACAGGGACAAAGCAUGGACGAGGUUGUCUCCGGUAGUGGUAAAAUUAAAACACCCUCUACAACAACCGCAACUGAUUCAAAACCGUAA